UCCGGCGUCGAUCUUCGUCGGUCGUCAUCAUCACCGUGAAAUCAGUCAGGCGAACGAACGGCGAGCAUGGACGACGCGAACGCCGUCGACGUUGCCGGAGUUCCGGCUUCCACUCAACCUCAUCGACCUCUCGAGCUCCGAUAUCCGACGGUCGGUGUCCCUGCUCAAACAAGUCUUCGAUUCUCCCGCCUUUUUCCGCUAUUUUCAGUUCGAUUUCUGGUACAUGAAACCGAGGAAACCGAGAUUUUUCGAGUCGAGGGGGACUCUGACGGAUGAAUCCAAUCCGUUGGCCUCAGGCGUGCUUGAUUCCGGCUUUUUCUACGUGAUCAAUCAUGGAGUCAGCCAGGACUUGAUGGAGGAGGUGUUCGUCCAGAGCAGGCGGUUCUUCGGUCUGCCUUUGAGCGAGAAAAUGAAGCUGGUGAGGAACGAGAAGCACCAAAGCUACACUCCUCUGUUCGAUCAGGUCCUCCACCCUGCAAAUCAGAUAAACGGUUUGUGUCUGAAGAUUUUGCUUCUUAAAAUGGACAUAGAUGCAUCAGAUAUUGCCAAGUUCUUGUAAUUUUGAAGGUGGCCAGUGGGAGUUAAAUUGCCUCAGACAUCUGAACUGAAUAUGCUCUCUUGGGCUCUUGUCCUAUGUUGGCCAAAGUAAAGCUCUUCUGGUCAUUUGUAGCGGCUGAUUAGACAAUUUUCUGGGGUAUUGUUCCGGAGCUACUAUGCUGCAAUAUGAACAAGUUGUUUUUAGCUGUCGAGAUUUACCAUUAAUCAAACUGACCAAGAGCCUCAACGCAAGUGUCUAAUUGCUUACAGUGGGAUGGCUGAUAUUACAGUCAAUAGGGUCUCCAACUCUAAAUCAUUUGACUCUUGGAUCUAAGAGUAAUGCCUAGAUGAUCUAUAAACAGAGCGAUGGUAGUCAAUUUGGUAAUUUUUUGAUUUGUAAAUGUGCACAAUCAGAAAUGUGGCAAAAGUAGUUGCAAGAAUCAUUGCUCUAGCACUUGAUCUGGAGGCUGAUUUUUUUAAAUGCCAGAAAUACUCGGUGAGCCUAUUGUGACCUUGUGCUUGUUGCACUAUGAAGGUACAUUUUACUUCAAUAAACUUCA